UGACAGAAGCCACUUUAGUAGUACAGUUGCGGUGGUGUCAAGUGCGGGCUGGUCGUUGGUUUGUAAUUAACUCGGUUUUCCGCAAUUCUCUAGCAUUUAAGCCAGUAAAAGUAGUUCCAGUGGACGCAAAGUAUCUUUAUUUUAUUAAUUAUAUACGCUGAAAUUAGCAUCAUGUCUUCGAUAACGAAAGGAGUUUUCGUUGUUGCUGCUAAACGUACCGCUUUUGGUACCUUUGGUGGUGCAUUUAAAAAUACUUCUGCAACUCAAUUACAAACAGUUGCCGCUCAAGCGGCUUUAAAUGAAGCCGGUUUGAAAGGAGAGCAAAUUGAUUCGACUGUAAUUGGAAAUGUCAUUUCGUCUGCGGCUACUGAUGGCAUUUAUUUAGCUAGACAUGUUGGGCUUCAAUGCAAUAUUCCAAUCGACAGACCCGCUCUUACGGUCAAUCGCCUUUGUGGUUCUGGCUUUCAGUCGGUAGUCAAUGGGGCCCAAGAAAUUCUUCUAGGAGUAUCUAAAGUCGUAUUGACUGGAGGCGCAGAAAACAUGAGCCAAACCCCCUUUGCGGUUCGUAAUGUACGUUUUGGUACGGCACUUGGUGGGAAAUACAUUUUCGAAGACUGUUUAUGGGAAAGUUUAACUGAUUCAUACUGUAAAACCCCAAUGGGUAUGACAGCUGAAAAUUUGGCAACAAAAUAUAAACUUACAAGGGAUGAAGUUGAUCAAUUUGCACUAAGAUCACAACAUAAUUGGAAAAGGGCCCAAGAUGAAGGAGUUUUUAAAGCAGAAAUCGUGCCAAUAAAACUAAAAAUCAAAGGAAAAGAAGUCGAUUUCGCUGUUGAUGAGCAUCCACGACCUCAAACAAAAAUAGAAGGUUUAUCUAAACUGCCCACUAUUUUUAAAAAAGAUGGAACAGUUACGGCCGGCUCUGCUUCAGGCGUUUCAGAUGGUGCUGCUGCUGUUAUUUUAGCUUCAGAAGCAGCUUGCAAAGAAUAUAAUUUGAAACCUUUAGCUCGACUUGCAGCUUAUUCUGCGGUUGGUGUUCCCCCAGAAAUUAUGGGUAUUGGCCCAGUUCCUGCUAUUCAAAAUGUUCUGAAACUGUCCGGUCUAUCAUUGAACGAUAUUGAUGUGGUUGAGAUUAACGAAGCAUUUGGUUCCCAAACUAUAUCAUGUGCUAAGGAAUUGAAGUUGGAUAUGGAGAAACUUAAUCCGAAUGGUGGAGCAAUUGCUCUGGGACAUCCACUAGCAGCAAGCGGUUCCAGAAUUACUAGCCAUUUAGUUCAUGAGAUCCAGCGAAAGAAAUUGAAGCGUGCUAUUGGAUCUGCCUGCAUCGGAGGAGGUCAAGGAAUUGCUGUACUUUUAGAGGCUGUCUAGGAGACUUUCAUUUCAGAAGAGUGCUACAUUUACAGAGAUGCUUUAAGAUAAUGGAAGUCAAUUAUUACUUUGUAAGAAAGAAGGUUUCAAAAAAAAUAAAAUUUAUAUAUUUUUAGGAA